GACAACGAUUCUACAACCCACAAUCUACACUUACAGAGUCGCGCAUUGAAGCCUCACGAUGUCCUACAAUUCACGCAUGAGCAUGGCUCCCCCGCCAUCUCAGCAAAAAAGCCGUGUCACGAAAAAAGAAGAAGAGAGCGAUGCGUUUAUGCGCCUGCCCGACAAAGAAAUCGCAGGAUGUAUCAGCGAUAUUGGGGUCCCCUUCACCGCCGCCGACCUCCAGAAACCGAAUCCGCUCCAGAUCCAGCAGAUCUUCCAAUGGUUCGCCGAGCUCCUCAUGAACGCGACGCACGACACCAUCGGACCUGCCAUGCGCGCGGCCGCCGAGGAUGUCUGCGGCGAGUAUAUGGAUGUGGUUCCGUCUGAUGUGCGCAACCUGAUGGGAUUCUACAUGUCUCUGCGCAAGCUGCUGCAGGAGUGCGGGGUGCACGACUUCUCGUUCCAGGACCUGCAGAAGCCGACACACGAGCGCCUGAGCAAGAUCUUCAGUUACAUCAUCAAUUUUGUGCGCUUCAGGGAGAGUCAGACUGGCGUUAUUGAUGAGCAUUUCAACAAGACUGAGACGACGAAGGGGAGGAUUGAGACGUUGUAUAUGGAGAACCAGGAGAUGGAAGCGCGGCUGGAGGAGAUGAGGAGGAACCGCAAGGCGAUGGAGAGUCACGUUUCGGAGAAGGUGAAGCGCAAUCAGGAGUUAAAGCAGAGGUUGAGGGCGCUGCAAGUCAGCCAGACAGAGGUGAUGGCAAGAUACGACGGGCUUCAGAAGAAGAAGGACGAGUUGACGCACGUGUUGGAAGACAAGACGGCGACGGCGAUUAAUCUGAGGCAAGAGAGCGGGAAGUUAAGGCCAUACGUGUUGCAGAGCCCUGCGGCACUGCAGGCUACUCUGACGGACUUGGGGGCGUCACUGAGCAACGAAAAGGCACAUAUCGAUAGUCUCGACCGCCGCGCAAGAGCGCUCCAGACGAGCACCGAUACCUUCGGAGUCGUAUCAACAGAUGUCGCCUCUGUGUCUAAGAUUCUUGAGGAGACGGCAGCGGAGCUUCAGAAGGAGGAUGAGGAGAAUGUCAAGAACUCGCGGCAGCGCGAUGCGCUGUCGGAGCGCGGGAACAACGUGCGCGAGGUCGAGCGUGAAGAGUCGCUUCUCAAGAGGCAGCUGGCGAAGUACAACGAGCGCACAGAGAAACUGCGCGAAGGGAGUCGGGAGAAAGCUCAGGCGGCGAAGGAGAGGAUGGAGGAGUUGAGGGCGGUGCAUAGAACGCUGACGGAGGAGAGGGGAGAUAAGGGACGAGAGAUGGAGAGGCGGAGGGUGAGGAUCGAGCAGACUGAGAAGAAGAUGGUGGAUCUGAAGGAAAACAUUGAGAAUGAGAUACACACUGCGCACGACGAAUUCUUGAAGAUGGACUCGCACAUCAAGCUGUACAUCACGGAGAUGGAGCAGUCGUUGUAGGAUCUUGGUCCGUUCGGGAGAAUGUUGGGGGGUAGGUAUAAACAAGGAAUUGGGCGGCGUUUCGGGGAGCGUAAUGUUCUGGGAAUACCUCUGGAUACUGCUGUUGCUUAAGUUGCAGGUUAGGGGGAUUGUGUGAUACCUUGUUAAAGUUGAAUGAUAAUGAAUAUAUGGACU